GAGGUGAGGAGUGAGGGAGGAAGGUAGUAGUGAGGGAGGUGAGAAGUGAGGGAGGUGAGAGGUGAGGAGUGUGGGAGGUGAGAAGUGAGGGAGGGAGGUGCCGGGGAGCACCAGUGAGCCUCGCGCCGCCACCAUGACCAGCGCCAUGACUCGGGACUCUGAUGUGCACAUUACCUACGAAGACCAACAGAAGAUCAACAGGUUUGCCCGUUGCAAUGCUCGCCAUGGAGACGUUAAGGAGGAACUUAAAAUUAAGGAGAAUGACCUGCAAAACUUGCAAGAUGCAGAAGACGAGAUGAUUCUUGCUCUGGAGAGUGAUGAGAAAGUUCCAUUCAUGGUUGGUGAGGUGUUCAUCAUGAAGACACAGGACGAAGCACAGGAAGCCAUCAGUGGACAGAGGGAAGACUUGCAAGAGGAAAUCAGCAACCUCAACAGCCGAGCUAGUGAGCUACAAGAUACAAUGACUCACCUAAAGAGUGAUCUUUAUGCAAAAUUCGGGAAUAACAUUAAUUUAGAACCUGAAGAAGAGUGAAGAAAAGCUUGGAUAUCAAUUAAUGCCUUUUUACUAAUUUUAAGUAUUUUAAAGAUACUGUAUAGUCUAGCCAUUUCUUCGGUCCCGUAUUUGUUUACACUAUCUUCAACAACGGAUAUUAAAUACUCCUCACAUCAAUAAGGUUGAUUGUUUGCAGAUUGGGUGUCGAUUGUCAUUUACAUCUUGAAGCUAUGCCCAAAAUCUAGUCAGAGUAUUAGUAUCCUAUGACAUGGUUAGUGGUGAGCUAACGUCUUUUGUAUUGUAUGUGCCUAUAAUCAAUAAUUUGUAAUGGGUUCUUGUUGCCAAGUGUUGCCUUAGGAAUUUGUAUAGUGUGCUUUUAUUACACAAAACAUUUCCCAUUUAUUUUGUUCAAUCAGUAUGCAUAAUAGGUCCGAGUAUUUUUUUUUUAUAUAACCCAAUAAGUACUUUUUUCUUUAUAACCCAUUAUUAAACCUGAUAACUAAAUGUUUUGUUUCUUGAACAUUUAACAGCUGGUAGGUGUAGUUAAGCAAAUAAAAAAUACUAAGUAAAAAUAUUAAUAAUUUUAUUAAAAAAUAUAUAUUACAUUAAUUUUAUAAACCCACACUGGAAAACCAUACAAUUUUAUACGAUAAUUUAGUAUUUCGUACAUGCUUCAGAGUCUGCUUACCAAGGUAAAAUGUGAUGUCAAUACCAUAAUAAGAUUGGUUUUUGCACAAAUUGAUUUGAAUAUGCAUUAUUAAGCACAGGCACACUUCUAAUGUAUCAGAUAACAUUAAUACCUUUGCAAACAAUUGUUUCCGAUAAUUAAAAUUCACUUGUCGCCCA